AUGGGCAUCCUUUUAUCUCCCAGAAAUCUCCCUUCCUCCCCUUGUACAGGUGGAGGAGAUGGCAUCAAAGAGCCCAUGCGUAGCAUGAAAUCGCACACAAGUGGAGGAGAUGGCAUCAAAGAGCCAUCCGCACUUGGUGCGGCUGCUGGGGUACUGUGUGGACAUGGAUAUGGUUCUCGGGAGGGAGAGCUGACGCUGCACCAGCGCAUGGAUGUGCUGGUGGGGGUGGCGCGGGGGUUGGAGUACCUCCACCAGUUUGACAUCGUGCAUCGAGACAUCAAGCCCGCCAACGUGCUGCUCGACGCCCGCAUGCAGGCGAAGGUGUCGGAUUUCGGGUUGGUGCGCAUGACAGAAGGCACCUUAGUGAAUCCCACCCGAGUGGUCGGCACUCCGGGCUAUUUAUGGUGUGAUGCUGCUGGAGGUGAUUACAACGAUUCCUGUUCCUUGCAGAUUUGCUCAUUCGUCGAUGAGACAAGUGCUCUUGCAGACCCCCUUACCUGCACCUCCUUCUAA